AUGCGAUUGAAAGCAGGUGACUCCCACACAAACUCAUCCGAGUUAAAAGAGUUUACUGACUGGAUAUUAGGUAUUAGUGAUGGUAGCCACGGAACACCAAGGGAUUGUGGUGAGAGGAUUGAAAUCCCAGAAGACAUCCUGGUUAAGGAUUGGGAUGACCCAAUAGAGGCGAUCUGUAAGGUAACAUAUCCAGAACUAUUUUGCGGGAAAAAUAUUGAUGAACGUAUUGAAGAUAGAGCGAUACUAGCGCCAACAUUGCAAAUAGUUGAUGAGAACUACAUGAUGAGCUUAAACCCUACUGAAGCACAAACAUAUUACAGUUCAGACAAGGCAUGCCCAACAGAAUCCAACAAUGACUUGUUGGCAUCCAUACAUACACCAAAAUUCCUAAACACAAUCAGAUGUUCAGGAGUUUCAAAUCAUGAGUUGACAUUAAAGGUUAGAACCCCUAUAAUGUUACUGAUUAAUAUAGACCAUUCUACAGGAUUGUGCAAUGGUACCCGCUUGGUUGUCACUAGGCUUGGGAAACACAUCAUUGAAGCAUGUAGCAAGGUUGGGAAGAACAAAAGUCAGAAGGUGUUUAUUCUUAGGAUGACUCUAAGCCCAUUGGAUCAUCGAAUUCCAUUCAAGUUCCAUUGGAGACAGUUUCCUAUAAUGGUAUCUUAUGCAAUGACUAUAAAUAAGAGCUAA